AUGUCUCUAUCAGAGACUAACCAGGAAGAAGAGGCUGCAGUAGUGGUAGGAAUAGACUUUGGGACCACAUACAGUGGCUAUGCCUUUAAUUUCACAAGUAACCCCACCUCUUUCUACACAGUCAUAGGGGAGGAAAGGGAACCCACAUGUGUGCUCCUUAACCCCGAUAAGACAUUUAGCGCGUUUGGUAAACAGGCACUUGAGAACUAUGCAGAGUUAGAACCCGAUGAACAUCACUCGCAUUUCUUUUUUCAUCACUUCAAGAUGAAACUGUAUGAGUGUAAGAAACUAACAAGAGAAACGUCCAUCCUUGAUCAAUCAGGAAAAGAAAUGAAAGCAAUGGAUGUCUACAGCAUUGUUUUGCAACAUUUCAAUAAAAGAAUUAUGCAGCAUGUUAAUGAAGUGAAAUUUUAUCAAACCAAUGAAGGUUUUUCUUCAAAACACAUUCUAUGGAUGCUAUCAAUACCCGCCAUUUGGACAGAUUCUGCCAGGCAGUUCAUGCGAGAAGCUGCCACAAAUGCUGGACUUGAAAAUGUCAGGCUGGUUUUGGAACCGGAGGCUGGUGCUUUGUUUGCCAUUGACAAACCACUUUACAUGAGGGAGGACAAGUUUGCAGGCAAAUUUCCAGUUGGACAUAAAUACAUAUUGGCUGACCUUGGUGGAGGAACUAUUGACAUUUGUGUUCAUGAAAUCCUUGCAGGUAGAAAACUCUGCGAACUCUACAGAGCUACGGGUGACUAUGCUGGGGGCUCCAGAGUCAAUCAUGAAUUUGAACAGUUCUUUGUGAGCGUGUUCGGGGCUCCAGCACUUGCUGAUUUCAGAAGAAAUUUUGCACAAUCGUAUCAGGAAUUUAUCCAGUGUAUUGAAAGAAAAAAAUGCAUGUUUUCACAAAGCACAGACAAAAUUACUUUAAUACUUGAUUCCGACUACGUGUCAUUAGUGGAAAAUGAUAAUGGCGAAACUAUAGAGAAAAUUAUAUCAGACUCACAGUAUAAAUAUCUAGUGCAAUACCGCAAGGCAGGCCGCCGUCUAACUCUUUUAAAUGUUGUUGUUAAACAUUUCUUUGACAGCUCUGUAGAUGUGAUAAUUGAAAAACUAAAGGAGAUCCUAUCAUCUUGUCCUCUUGACAAUAUAACCACAUUACUGCUAGUCGGAGGCUACUCUGAGUCACCUUAUGUGAGAGAAAGAAUAAAACAAGAACUUCCCAAACUGAGUACGGUGAUAGUAGAAGACGGUAGACUGGCAGUGACGAAAGGCGCUGUGAUGAUGGGACGUAAUCCCAGAAACAUAAUCCAAAGGAGGGCAAGAUUCACAUAUGGGUUUAGACAGAAUGCAUUCUUUAUAGAAGGGCUGCAUUUAGAAAAGUUUAAGUACUACAAAGAUGGGGAAGCCCGAUGUGCAGGUGUGUUUGUCAAGCUGAUAAGGCGAGGUCAGCUCCUGCAGCACAGGCAAGAGUUCUCAAGGGAAGUACAUGGAACAUUCAAACAGCCAGAGACUAAACACGAUAUCCAGUAUACAUCACUGUGGCGGUCUCCAUGGCCUGACCCUAUGUAUUGCACCAUUGAAGAGGACCAGUGUGAGGAGGUGGGUAGAAUCAGCAUGCACCCUCCUCCUGGGGGCUGGCCUGAUGUGGUGAAUGGUGAACAGAAGUUGACAGUGGGGGAGACUGAGUUCACCAUGAACGUCAGAAUUCAGGAGACUGGUGAGGAAUGUGAUACAAACAUCGAUUUCCUGUGA